AUGAAAAUUGAAAAAGAAGUAGAAAAGUUUGUUGAUGCUCAACUUUUGGGCUCUUAUUUUUUAGGUAGCUGAUGGAACAACCCAGUUGACCCUGUGGAAUCCGACGAGAUACUGCGCACGGAAGACGACACAUCAGAUUUUGAGGACCAAAUUGAAGCGAGUUUGAACGUUGCGUUGGGUUUCAUCGACGAUCAGGUAUGUUUUUCUUGUUGUUCUUGAAAUUUAGGUAUGAAAAUUGAAAAAGAAGUAGAAAAGUUUGUUGAUGCUCAACUUUUGGGCUCUUAUUUUUUAGGUAGCUGAUGGAACAACUCAGUUGACCCUGUGGAAUCCGACGAGAUACUGCGCACGGAAGACGACACAUCAGAUUUUGAGGACCAAAUUGAAGCGAGUUUGAACGUUGAGUUGGGUUUCAGCGACGAUCAGGUAUGUUUUUCUUGUUGUUCUUGAAAUUUAGGUAUGAAAAUUGAAAAAGAAGUAGAAAAGUUUGUUGAUGAUCUAGUAUAAGGCGUGAAAUUAAAGCCUUGAGCUUUUGAAGUUUAAUAAAAGUGAAAAUCAGCCAUUAGUGACCUAGAAAUUACUGGAUUUGGCAAUAAAUCUCAAUUUUUUUAGGAAAAUCCGUCGGAAGAAGCCGAAGAACCCAGCUCAUCUCUUGAAAAUGAUGUGAACAAACUUACCAGGAACCAGCCAAAAGACACAGCCAGCCCCGAACAUCCGAUGGUACCCGUACGUCAGCUGUCCCUUCAACCAGUCGUUCCAUUUAAUAUUAUUUAG